UAUAAAUAAAUCCUCUGAGAGAUUCCCUAUGUGACAGUCAUGUUGUCUGUAAAUAGAGACCAUCUGUGUGCCUCUCGUUUUUUCUUCCUGCACAAGCUAGACCCUCCGGGAAGAUGCUGAAUAGGCGUGGGGAGGAGCAGACAUCCCCGCCCUCUCCUCACUAAUAGGGGAAAAGCUUUCAGUCUUUCACUAUUUAAUGUGAUGCCAACUGUAUGUUCUUUGUAGAUGCCUUUUGUUUUUUUAGAUAUGUUUUUAUUGAUUUCAGAGAGGGAGAGAUUGAAAUAUCCAUGGUGAGAGAGAAUCACUGAUCGGCUGCCUCCUGCACACACCCCACUGGGGAUCGAGCCCGCAACCCAGGCCUGUGCCCUUGACCCGAAUCGAACCCGGGAUGCUUCAGUCCGCAGGCCGACGCCCUGUCCACCAAGCAAACCCAGCUAGGGCUGUAGAUGCCUUUUAGACGGUUGAGAAAGUGCCCGUCUAUGCCAUUCGCUGAGAAUUUUUCUCGUGAAGGGGCGUUGAGUUUUGUCAAAUGUCUUCUCUGUGUCAUUUCCACGGCACAGCUUGUUACACCUGCCCCAGAGUGACAACACCAGCCAGAAGCCGGGGUGGCACUAGGCCAAGCCCCCAAGGCUGCCAGGCCGAGGGCUCACCCGUCCCUCAGCCCAGAUGGUCCAGCAACCUGACCAGAUGCAGCCUGGGAUAGCUUCCUCAUGGUGGCUCCCCCAACUCACCACCUCGGGCGGCGGGGAGUCCAGGACGGCCUGCCUCCAGGAGGAAUGGAUUGCUGUUCCCCUCACCUCCAGCGGGAAUGGGCCCUCGCUGGUGCAGACCUGGAUGCAGCAGGCCCCUAGGAUCCCAUUAGACAAAUUGGAACAAAGGUGCAAGAACAUUCAUUUAUUUGCAUAAGGUCCCCAGCAGGGGAGGACAGCCCGAGACCUAGGUACUGGACUUCAAGGUCUGUGAUCCUGCUUCCUUUUACCUGCUGAGCUGGCCCAACACCCGGGGCUGGGCGCCGGCAGGAGGCCCGAGCGGCAGGGGCUGGUGCCCAGCGAUGGCUCAGGUGGGGCCAGCCUGGUGCAGCCAAGCGGCCGGCACCUUCGCCCCCCUGCCCCCCUCGGUUCAAAGGUUCGGGCCCCGCCCCCCAGGUCCCGAGCCGCUUUGAAGUGCUGAUGGGGCCUGGAAGGGGCCACUUCACACCUCGGGCUCCGGAUAGAGCGGCCGCCUCGGGGAUAAAAAGGUCGCUGGCCGCCGUCCCGAGACGCGCCGCUGCUGCCAUGGCCCAGCCCCUGUGCCCGCCGCUCUCCGAGCCCUGGAUCUUCCCCGCGGGCUGGGGCGCCGCUCCGCCUCCCCCGCCCUCCGACUGGGGCCGCGCCUGCUCCCCCGCCUCGUCCCCGAACUCCUGGGGCAGCGCCCCGGCCGGCAGCCCCGCGCCCAGCCCCCGGCGCGGCCCUCGUGCCGGGAGGCGCGGCGCCCGCAGCGGCCGCCUGGGCAGCGGGCAGCGGCAGAGCGCCAGCGAGCGCGAGAAGCUGCGCAUGCGCACGCUCGCCCGCGCGCUGCACGAGCUGCGCCGCUUCCUGCCGCCGUCCGUGGCGCCCGCCGGCCAGAGCCUGACCAAGAUCGAGACGCUGCGCCUGGCCAUCCGCUACAUCGGCCACCUGUCGGCCGUGCUGGGUCUCAGCGAGGACGGCCUGCGGCGCCGGCGCCCGCGACGCUGCGACGAGACGCCCCCUCGGGGCUGCCCGCUCUGCCCCGACGGCGGCCCCGCGCAGGCGCAGACGCAGACGCAGGCGCGCGGCCAGAUCCUGGGCUCCGCCGUCCGCGCGGCGGGGUCUUGGGGGUCCCCGCCCGCCUGUCCCGGCGCCGCAGCGGUGCCCAUGCCCGUGCGCUGUGAGGAGGCAGCGCGCCCGCAAGGGCUUGCGAUGCAGCCGGGCCCCUCGUCUCCGCCCUAUCCCGGCCACGUGCUGCCCCAGCUGGAGACCUGGAUGCCCCCGUCGCCCCUGGAGUGGCGCCCGGCCUGAGUAGUUGAAGGGACGGCGGACGGCUGGCGGCCUGUGUGCGCACUGCGGCCUCCUCGCCUCGGCACCUUCCCGGGUCCCUGUCCGGACUCCCUCCCCGCGGGGGGCAGCGGCGAGGCUGGCCAGGGCGAAGGGCGCGCCGGCGGGUGAGAGCCGGCCCCACCUGGACGACCUUCCCCAGCCCCUGCCCGAUGGGACCCGCAGGCGGGACGCUUUGAGGCCGGGCUUAGUGUGUAUUUAUUUAUUUGUGAAUAAACUGCGCUGGUGUCAA